GGGGGGGAGGGGAGGGGGUGUUGGGGUUUUCCAUCUUUCUUGAAGGAAGGAUUAAUGGAAGAUCAUCAUCAUCAUCAUCAUCAUAAUCAUCAGAACCAGAACAACAACAGUGAUGUGGAGGAAGGGGGGAAAGGCUCUGAUUGCAGUGAUGGGUUUGGGGAAAACAGUGAGCCCAUCAUUGAUCUUAAUGCUGCUGUUUUGAGUGGGGAAGAUCAUCAUCAUCAUCAUCAUCAGGCUAUCAUGCAUGUGGGGGGGAAUGGUGGUAGUAGUAAUGGGAAAGAAGCAGAGAGCACUGGGCAGUCAAAGCUGUGUGCUAGAGGCCAUUGGAGGCCUGCAGAAGAUGCCAAGCUCAAGGAGCUUGUAGCCAUCUAUGGCCCCCAAAACUGGAACCUCAUUGCAGAGAAGCUUGAAGGAAGAUCUGGGAAGAGUUGCAGGUUGAGGUGGUUUAACCAGUUGGAUCCAAGGAUAAACAGGAGGGCAUUCAGUGAGGAAGAAGAAGAGAGGCUAAUGGCAGCACACAGGCUGUAUGGGAACAAGUGGGCAAUGAUUGCAAGGCUGUUCCCAGGGAGAACAGACAAUGCAGUGAAGAACCAUUGGCAUGUAAUAAUGGCAAGGAAGUAUAGGGAGCAGUCCAGUGCUUACAGGAGGAGGAAGAUGGGGCAGCUGGUUUACAGGAGAAUGAACGAAGAAGACGAAGACCAGCUUACCAGCACCAACACUGACGGCGCCGCCAGAGAUCAUGGUGGUAAUAGUGGUGGCGGUGGUGGUGGCAUGAGAACAACAGCCAUUGGAGCAAUCAGCAGUACUAGUCAAUCUGGGUGCCCAUUUGGAGGUGUGGGUAGUAAUAAUAAUGGUGGUUGGAUGGUUUAUGGUGGAGCUAAUGGUUCACCCCACAUGGCUGCCUCUGGUGAAGCAAUCCCAACUAACAAUGGCCACCACCACCACCACCCUCCUCCACCUCCAUUCUCUGCUCUCUGUGCUCCUCAACAACCACCCUUUGAUCCUUUUCCAGGGCAAUGCAACAACCAGAUGGUGGGCAUGUUGAAUCAAGGAAGAUGUUGGGGGAAGCCCCACCACCAAUUUCUCGGCCGCCACCCUCCGCCGCCGCCGCCAUUAAUGAUGACACCAAUAAUGCAGCAGCAACAGCAGUACUACAACUUGCCAUACUCCAUCUCCCCGGAGUUCUCAUCACGGCCGCCGCCGCCGCCAUCAGAGCCCCAUCCUCCACCGCCGGCGGCCGCCGAGGACGACAGAAAAGGCGGCGGCGGCGGCAGCAACAACAACAGUACUACCCCGUGCGACGCAAUCUCUCCCACAUUCAUAGACUUCCUCGGAGUCGGAGCCACCUAAUUAAUAAGCAGCCAUUUUUCCCGGCCAUGAAAACUCAGUUUACCCAACACUGAAAACAACAAAAAGAUAACGCCUUUCCCCAUCCCCACUCCCCAAAAUCAGCAAAAACCCCACCCCACCCCCCAAGAACUGUUAAAACACAAUAAAAGCUUCUGCAAUUCUGUCACCACUUGUCUCUUUACUCAAUAAUUCCCCCCUUCCCUUCCCCUCUCUCUCUCUCUCUUAUUUGGAUUUUGUUUUGUGUAUGAACAGUGAUGUGUUAAUGGGGGUUAGAGUGAGUGUGUGCUAAAAGAGAACAAAACCAGACACUGAAAAUCGAAAAACAUCCUUUGGUGAUGGGCCUGCAGAAACCAGGCAGGAAUUCUGGUCCCCAAACGAACGCCAAAAACAAGAAUUCAUUAAAAAAAAAAAAGGGUUGCGAGAGAGAUAGAGAGAGAGAGAGCAUUGAAUUAUGUAACUGUUUAAACAUACAUUCUGGGCAGAAUGUGUCUGAUGAAGUUGUGUUCAUGCCUCCUACGUGGGAAUAAUGCUCGCAAGUCGCAACUGUCCCCAACAACAGUUGUGUUCCCAGUUUCGCGUAUGCUUGCAGAAU